AUGGAGCCGGACCAAAAUUCAGACUCCAACAGCGAAAUUAUUCAGAACGUUGUUCCUUCUCCGCCGUCGUCAACCUCCGAUGAAGCUGAGAGGAAGAGGAAGAGGCGCGUGAUUCACUUGAUGCCUCGGAAGAGGGCGAGGUGGAGGAAGAUGGUGCACGUAGAAAAUCUCAGAUGUGAGGUUGAGAGCCUGAGAUCGGAGAAUAACAAGCUUCAUCGGAUCCUUAAACUCAACUUCGAAUCCCAUCUUAGGGUUCUUGAGGACAACUCUAAGCUCCGGAUAGGACCUAUGGAGAUGAUCAAGACUAGAAGGCUGAUUUCUACUAGGACUAAAUCAACAACGAUGGGGACAGAACAACUAACUUUAAUCAAGACUGGACUGUCAACGACAACUGAGACUGGAUAG